GGGGCUGGGGACCAGGAGGUGGGGAAUAGCGCGGCGGCCGCGACGCUGUUCUCCCGGGAGCAGGCGAGCCUCCCUUUCCCCGCCUCCCUUCGCUUCCCCUCCCAUUGAGUGAUUCAAGCCGUGAGCUUCCCACUUCCGCCCCCUCUGCCUGCCAUUGGAACUAGCAGAGCCGAAGAAGUUGCGGCCGCCGAGCAGCCGGCGCUCCCCGCCUCCUCUUCGUCCUCGUCUUUCUCUUCCUCUCCUGGCCUGGCCUGACCGCCGCCGCCCAGAGGCCUCGCGACCGCCGAGCCCGCAGCCCGCCCCGCGGCCGACAUGAGCUUCUUGUUUGGUAGUCGCUCCUCUAAAACGUUUAAACCAAAGAAGAACAUUCCAGAGGGUUCUCACCAGUAUGAGCUCUUAAAGCAUGCAGAGGCUACGCUUGGCAGCGGAAACCUGCGGAUGGCUGUCAUGCUUCCUGAGGGGGAAGAUCUAAAUGAAUGGGUUGCAGUGAACACUGUGGAUUUCUUCAAUCAGAUCAACAUGCUUUAUGGAACAAUCACAGAUUUUUGCACAGAAGAAAGUUGUCCAGUGAUGUCAGCUGGCCCAAAAUAUGAAUAUCAUUGGGCAGAUGGAACAAACAUAAAGAAGCCUAUUAAGUGCUCUGCACCAAAGUAUAUUGAUUAUCUGAUGACGUGGGUUCAAGACCAGUUGGAUGAUGAGACAUUAUUUCCAUCAAAAAUUGGUGUCCCAUUCCCGAAGAAUUUCAUGUCUGUGGCAAAAACUAUACUCAAACGCCUCUUUAGGGUUUAUGCUCACAUUUAUCAUCAGCAUUUUGACCCUGUGAUCCAACUUCAGGAGGAAGCGCAUCUCAAUACAUCUUUCAAGCACUUUAUUUUUUUCGUCCAGGAAUUCAACCUUAUUGACAGAAGAGAACUUGCACCCCUCCAAGAACUGAUUGAAAAACUCACUUCAAAGGACAGAUAAAAGGAUGCAGACUUGCGCAAAUUGUUCCUUAAAUGAGGCUGUGUGGAGUGCAUUUGGAUUUUGUUUAUAUUUAUCUUGGUUGCUUUUGUCUUAGGUUUGGGGGGCUUGUUUGGGUUCCUUUUUCUUUAUUCUGAAUAAAUGAAACCAUAUCCUAUUGCUAGAGGAAGCCAAGAACCAUUCUCCAUACACUUGAUAGGGUAAAUUUUGUCUUAGUGGCGUACAGUAUUUUUUUUUUUAAUUUGGGGAAUUUUUGAUAAUAUUAGAGGCAGAGAGAAAAUGCUUAUUAAUUGGACUGCUGAUGGAUGGCGGUUCUCCAUUGUGUAAAUUGUGGCUGAUUUUUGAAGUCCCCAAAAGUGUUAUGUUUUUAAGUGCCUUGGCAGGCUCACUUCUGAGGUGCAAAGCACAGACAUGGAACUGAACAGGGCUUGAAACAAUAUUAGGAUUACUCUCCAGGGCACUUACUGGUGCAUGUUUUAAAAUACCUAUUGAUAAAAGCCAUAGCUUACCUAAAUUGGUGAUCUCCAGCUUUUACAACAUUAAAGAAACACAGUUUGUAAAGGUUUGCAUGUAGAGCACAAAAAAUUAGUAUUUCUUAAUUAUUUUUGAUAUUGAUAGUAGUUCUGUUCAACAGAUGCUUAAAGUUCUACAAGCAGGUCUUUUCCAUCUCUUGAUAUCUGUGAUAUUGAAACUUGAAGAUGUUGAAAUGUAAUACCUUUUACAUUUUGGCUUCUUUCUACAUGUUAACUGCACUGUAGGUGUAAAAAUUCAGGUUAUAUAUAGGUUUGCCAUCUUCAGAGGUGAUGCUGAACUGUGAGGUUUCUUAGCAAUUGCCAAAUGAGCCAUAAGUCUGCAGAAUCCCCUUCUACUUUGAAGAGGAGGGGAUAGGAGUGUGUGUUUGGUUGGGGGUGGGGGGGGUUAGUUUGUAUGGGAUGUUAAGUAUGGGGAGUCAAGUUCAAGAAAGUCUUGUCUCAAAACCCUUGAAUGGCAUGAAGAUUUUAAUCAAUAUCUUAUAAACACAGUCUUAGAGACUCUCCUUUUAGAAAUGAACUUCCAUGAGAAGUUAAAAAUAAAUUAUUAAUUUUAGAUAUAGACAUAAACUUUGAAUUUAAGAACUAUUUGGGGAAAUUGAUCACUUUUCAGCAUUUCCAUUCAGUGAAUGGAGCUGGUGUUUGCCUGUCAUUUUAAAAUGAUGCAGUACCUUCUUUGCUUAUUAUAAGCCCAACUUGAAGCAUUCUGACUUCUGAUUUUUUCCACUGUGAAAGGAAAUCUUUCUCUUUAUGGCGGUAUCAAACAAUGAAAGUGCUAAAUUAGUAGUUAUUAACUUUUACUUUUUUUUAUGACAUUCUAGCAAACUAUUCCCUUAAGUAAAAAAUUCAGAAACUUAAUUUUUUAAAACAUGAACAUUUUCCACCUCAGUUCUAUUCUUGAGAAAUAUCCUUUUUAGACUUCCAGUUUUAAUUUUGUCAUAUCUGGUAAAUGUUUCCUUCUGUUAGAAGUAUAUAUUCUUCCUUCACUAAGAAAUGUAUGCCUUUUUCCUUGUAGAAUAGAAAUCUUGCUCUGAAAUUGUAUAGACUAAAAACAUAGUAGAAAAUCUAGAAUGAAAUCAAUUUGUUUUGGCCAUUAGCAAGUAGAUUAGUGAUACAUUUUAAUGCCGUUAUAAUUAUGAUCACUAGGAACUGCCUUUUUCUCCAUUUCAUUUCUCGCAGUCAGUCUCCAAGUACGAAUGGGGGAAGUAAAAGGAGAGCCUAGCAGAGGCAAAUAUAUUGGACAUUCAUUGGUAAUACUUAUUUGUAAACUGCAGUGAGAACUAGCUGAUUUCCUUAGAAAAAAUCUUUUAGUAUUCAGAUAUAUAAUUCAGCCACUGUGAGUUGAUUCAGAAAUGAAUUUUGGUGUUUAGUGAUUUGGGGUCCUGUCUACUCAGCAAAGUGAAGCAUGUAACUAUUCCAUAUACUUUAUUUGACUUCAUACCAACCUAGUAACAGAGGGGUUGCAAUAGCCAAGUGUGGAGAGAAAAGUGAAAAAUUGUUUUUGUUUAUUUAAGCCUUAUACAGUAGUACACUGUACCAAUGUUAAUUAAAAUUAUUUUAAAUUAAGGUUUAGUCAUAGCACUUUCUUUUCCACUCUAUGUAGAUAGAAGUUUCUUGUCACUGUGCCAGAAUCUCAGGUGCCUGCUUCUAAAUAUUCCUUUAAACAGAGGUAUUGGGAAGUAAGGAGAUAUGUUUGUGUAUAUACGGUAGUAACAAAGUAGAGACAUUCUCCCAGGGAGAGGCCUGGCAUUGUACACAGUGUUAUAUGGCUGCAAGUAAGGAAACACCAGAGCAUGUGAGAAAUAACUGAUAGAGUAAAAAUUUGCUUUGCUUCGGUUGGUUCCUGUGAGCAGGUGUUAGUAAAAAUGCCUUUUAUAAAAUAAGGAUCAAAAAUCUUGGUUUUGCAUUAGAGUUUGCUUAUAAAUGUCUAUUGGAGGAGUUCCUGUCAUGGCACAGCGGAAACGAAUCUGACUAGGAACCAUGAGGUGGUGGGUUUGAUCCUUGGCCUUGCUCAGUGGGUUAAGGAUCUGGCGUUGCCAUGAGCUGUGGUGUAGGUCAGCAGCUGCAGCUCCGAUUAGACCCCUAGCCUGGGAACCUCCAUUUGCCAUGGGCAUGGCCCUAAAAAGACAGAAGACAAAAAAAAAAAAAAGUCUAUUGGAUUCUUUCUACGUCUCUUAAUUAUAAAUAACCAGGAUAAUGGUCAUCCCCUCCCCACCCCCUGCUCUUCAUGCAGAGAUAUAAAGUAGAACUGGUUUUCUCAUCCACUGGUGAAAGCAUGGAAUAUAAAGUAGUAAGUUAACAUAGUUUUACUGUCACAAUGCUUUGGUUAAGUGUUGAUGUGAAGCAUGUUUUAGGAAUUGAAAUGAUGGAGUAAUGGGUGUAGAGAGAAAUUAAUUACAGAAAGAGUGAAAAUCUUUUCAUUGGCUGUAGAUGGUGCUACUGGCUUUUAUCUGCUGGCUUGAUUAUUCUGUUUCCCAUAAAAACCAUAGCAUCAGGCUGCACUGAAAUAGUAAGUAUGUGUUAGCUGGUAGAGGCUUUGGAGGUCAUUUUAUCUUAAAUUGAAAGAUUUUUAGAUUACUAUCUCUACCUACCUUUGUCAUUUGUAAAUGCUAAAUGGUGAACAUAAAAUUAGGUAGGAAAGGACAUAUUUAGUGUAUAAUAAGUAUGUUGAAACCUGAGUUUCUGCCUGGCUUAUCAGGAAAGAUAAAACACUAUAAUCUCUUAUAUUCAGGAAUUAUAGAUAAUGUGGAUAUUUAUAUUUUACACAUGAUCACCGCACUCCAUUUUAUGUAUUAGCAUUUUCCUUGCUUAUGGGAAAAUAGAAAAAUGACAGACUUCUUUUAUACCUUUGUCUACACCCUCUCCAAGAGAGGUUUUACUAACCACUGAAAUGGUAACAUAUGUGAGAUACAAUUAUUAAGUUGUAGGACUUUCUUUUAAAAUAAAUAUGUCAUACCUUAAACAUCCAA